UCGGUUCCCCAAGUUGCGAGGGCGUCUUGGUCGCGCCGCCUCCGCUUUCCACCUCCGUCGCGUACGUGACAGUGCAACCUGCACACUGCACAUCAGCGCAGCGUUAACGAACUAUCACAGUGCAAUUUAUUUGUAAAGGUGAAGAAGUGUCAAUAAAUAUAUUACUUAUAACUUUAAUUAGUGUGAUCUACUGUGGAUUGUAUUGUACACGCAUCAUGAUAAGUUGCGCGUGUCUAUAAAACCAAACCGGGUUGGAUCCAGGCGUGAAUUAUUGAUUCGCGCAGCUGUCCAAAUCAAUCUCGGCGAAAUGACAGAAGAGGAUUCAGGACCCAGCGGUGAAAGUUGCAGUAAACAGCCGGAUCCGCCUGGGGAUUCACUUAGUUCACAAAGAGUUUUCAAGAAGUCCUCGCCGAACAACAAACUCACGCUGUACCUGAGCACUCGCGAUUUGAUUGUCUCGGCUGGGAAAAUCGAUCGGCUUCAGGGCGUGCUCCUGGUGGACCCCGAAUUCGUCGAGGACCGCAAAGUGUACGGACAGAUCACUCUGACGUUCAGAUAUGGUCGUGAGGAUGAAGAGGUAAUGGGUCUGAAAUUCUGCAACGAAGCCGUCAUGUGUUUGGCACAACUGUAUCCAAUAACAAUGCCCAGUAUGAUAGAUGAAAUCACACCAUUGCAGGAAGCGCUAAUGAAGCGCCUCGGCCCGAAUGCGUAUCCCUUUUGCAUGGAGAUCACUCCGCUGGCACCUCCAAGCGUCCAACUGGUGCCAGCGAAGGAGUACAAUGGGGCGCCUAUUGGUACCAGCUACGAUAUACGUGCAUAUGUCGCAGAUAAAGCUGAUGAAAAACUGCAUCGUCGCACGACUGUCCGCAUGGGCAUCCGCGUGGUGCAGAAAGCAUUCGCACCACCAUCCCCAUACGGAUACAACCCAGGCACAACCAACGACACAGCUGCUGGACAAAAAGACCGCAGCAGUAAACAUAAGAUCGCGCUCUUCGGCUGCAAGAGUGCACCACUAGACACUAAGGGAUAUUCCGCACCGCACGCAGUCGUCGAAAAGUAUUUCUUACUGAGCGAUGGUCGUGUGGAGUUGGAAGCUUCGCUAGACAAAGCUGUUUACCAUCAUGGGGAGGAGAUCCAAGUGACUGUGCAUGUGCACAAUAAUAGCAACAAGACUAUCAGACGAAUCAAGGUCUUCGUAGUACAACACGUGGAUGUAUGCAUGUUCUCCAAUGGAAAAUUCAAAAACGUGGUCGCUAUGAUCAACGCCAAAGAGGACUGCCCUGUGCCUUUGGGCAAACACGUCACCAGGUCCUACAACUUGCUGCCUAUUAAAUCCUCCACUAAAAACUGGAUCGCCCUUGAGGAUUCCUACACCAAGACUGGGAUAAGUCUAGCGUCAACUGUGACUUCAUGUGGCAACCACCCAGAUGAACGCAACGUCUUCGCCAUUUACGUCUCUUACUAUGUCAAGGUUAAACUGAUCAUGAGUGUGAUGGGUGGCAAUGUCUCUUUGAAACUUCCCUUCAGCCUCAUGCAUACUUGUAAUGACUACGAUCCAUGCGGUACGCUAACCCGCAGCAUUGAACCUCCUCAUCUAUCAGCUAAUGAAACAAAAACUGCAUCCGGAAUUGAAAGUAAUACAGAAAUGGAUCCCAAGGUGUGUGACGAGGUGAAACCGGAAAAAGACGGGACGUGAGAUCAGGUCGUGGUUGAGAUCAACAAAGUAGACGUUGAUUGUGGUGCGGCCCCUGUAAAUCAGAAUGACGGUGUUGUCUCACGCCAGCCUAGAAAACAAUCGAUCACUGUCGAUAGUCAUCAAUCGAAAGUAAACUAUGAUGAAAUCGUCACGGUAAAACGCGCUGAUGAAUCCGAAAGUGCGGAUACUUCACCUAUGGUCGACCCGCGUCCUGCACCACAAUUCAAGGGUGAUAAAGACGUCAAACAAAGCAAAGCACAUAAGGGUAAAGAACGAGGUUUCAGCAUACCGCGAUCUUGGUGUUGCCUACGCAGUCGGCGCACAUCCUAACGACCUAAUCGAAAAAUCAAACUCUAAUUUGUAAAUAAACGAGAAAUGUACAGGGUCGUCGAGUAUUACUGAGUUUCUAAUCACAAUCGAAUGUUAUAAUCAAGUCUAAUCAAUGUGAAUGAAUAAAAGGAAAAAUAUCAAUUAUACUGUUAGCGAAUCCAGCAGUCAAUUCAACGCCUGUGCACCUAGGCAACCCAUAUUACAGCAAACAAUUGAUGGAUCUCACUAUUAGUCUCUCAACCUAAAAGAACAAAAAUAUGUGUAUACUCACUAAAAUGUCUAAAAUUAGCACACGUGUAGAACGCAACCCGUAUUUUCUAUAACAAAUUAUAUAAAAACUAACGUAACCGCAAAUCUGUACCUCUCACUUGGACCAACCUAAAAAAUAAUAACGAAACAAGCUCGUAAUGAAAUCAUUCCUAACCCCAAAUCCCCAAAAAUACUACUUGAAAUUGAAUUAUAUUGAAUGUUGUGAACGGAAAAUGUAUAUAAUUGUAAUUCGCGCACCUCGCACGAAAUUAGCCAAAAUCUGCACCACACAUCGAUGUGUAACCAGUUAUGAAUCGUCACAGUGCGAAGAAUGUGCCGCCAUUUUAAUUCAAUAGUAACUGAUGCAGCAUGGCAGCGGAUUUUCCCAGCACUAAGGCGUUCGACUUAUAUUUGUAAUAUUUUUAUAUUAAAACUGUCUGAAAGUUUAUUUAUGUGGUCAUAUGAACGCAUUCCUUGUACAGAGACUCGUAUUUUCGUGUUUUAUACAAAAAUAUAUUAUAAUCAACAAAGAUAUACCUUA